UGUGUGUGUGUGUAUCUGUGCGAACACACUGUGCUGCAUUUAGAGCCCUGCGGAAAGCCGACCAGCAUGCUGCAACCGUCCCUGUGCUUCCUGGGGGGGCUUUUGGGCCUGCUUCUGAUGGCUCCGGUUCUGAUGGCUCCCACGCCGCCCAGCAUGUGCACGCCACUGAAGACGCUCAACGACAGCCUCAGCCACAGGCGGCGGUUCAUGAAGCACAACUUCCCCAUAAACUACUCCAUCCGAGUUCAUCACCAGGAGAUCUUUAAGCUGUCAAAUAUCAGUAAAAUGAAGUUAAAGGUGGAGGGCCUGGAUGAGCUGGUUCUUCAGAGGCUGUGGUUUCAAGUCAACCAAGGUGUCUUAAAAAAGAUCAUUCGGGUUUUACCGGAGAGACAUCCCUCACGUCCGUACACGGCGGAGCUGGAGAGGCGGUUCAGGGAUGCUGAAGGCGUCUUUGUUCACUCUCAUCCUGCUGAGGUGUUUCAGCAGGAGCUUCCAGAGACCGUCCAGGACAUUUGGGAUCAGUUAACAGAGGAGCCCGACAGGGUGCCGGAGUCCAGCUGGAGAUUGGCUUCUCCUAAAUCCCUGGUGGACAACCUGUGCCACACCAUGUACUGCCUUUUCUGGGACUGCUUUUCCAGCACAGAAGCUUCUCAGGACUGUGAGUUCUACACGGAAGAUCUUUAAAUCCUUCAUCAUCUUUCAGACUGUGAGGUCUCUCAUUCGAAGAAAGGCAGGAAGGCGUUGAGCCAGCAGGCAGAGAUGGAGGCCACGGCGUGAGGGUUUCCCUGCUGCUGCCGCUCAGAGACUCCAGCGAUUAUCAAUCCGUACCUUCAGGGCUCAAAGGAAAACCUAUUUCAACAAGUCAUUUCCAAACCUACCAUCUGGACACCUAAGUGAACACAUUGACACGGCGGAGCCGCCUGGGAUUAAUCUGACUGUGUGGACUUCCCUUGUAACAGAAAAGUGGAUCAGCUCUGAGAGAAGCUUCAGGACUGUAGCCGGAUCUUUUUCUGGCGUGAAGUCAUCUCAGGCUGCUUCUGGUAACCCGUUUAUUGGAUGUGUUUGUUCUUUCACAUGUUAAUGAUGAUCAAUACAUUGGUUUCUGAGAUGGAUUCUUGGAGAAGGAGCUUUUCAGCCAGAAGCACAGUGGAAGAGACAGACUGUGUACCAAAGCCAAGCACCCCAAUAUAUCACAUUAUUUAAAAACAAAUGUUCCACAGCUGUGCUACAGGCCUGGAUUGCAUAAUCAAAGCUGUAUGUUGGUUUUUUAUUCUCUGUUCUCUGUAUUUAUCUGUUUUUUUAUGUGAGCAGAAAGGAGGAAGCAUGAACUUGAUCAACUGACGGCAUAUUUGCCUUCCUUCUCCUGAGCUCUGUGUUCAGUACAAACCUGGUUCAGUUGUUUUCUCCUGCGACUCUUUGUGGAAAAUUAUGAAAGAUGUUGAACCGGCAGCCGACUUUAGUUUGAGGUUCUGGAUGUUUGAAAGGAAUCUGGGGAGAAAUUAAACUUUUUUU